AAAAUACAUGGCGGCGGCGAGCAGACGGCAGUAGGCGGCAGGCGGCGUACGCGCCGACCGCGCGCACCACCUCCCGGAUUCAAAUGUACCGGCUCAUUUACUACUCCCGCGCUAUAUUUAACCGCUGCGACCAGAUUAAUAUCUGCAUGUUCUGUCACAAAAAUAAGUGAUCCGUCUCCCGAAAGUUGUGAUGUGAAAAUUGAUCUAUGACAAGUGUUGCCUUCAGUGUCAGAUAUAAAUAUGUUCACUGGAUAAACAAAUACGCGUACAAGAUCUGUAGUUCACUGCAGCGCAGGAAGUACAUGUAACAUUUGUGGUGAACAUCAGACCUCCGAUAUGAAUCCACCGUCAGCGCUACACGGCGCGAUGAGCCGCGACCGCAAGCCAUUCACCUACACUCCGGGCGGGCUCGAUCUCUCGGAGAUCAAGUCCGAGCGGAUGGCGAAACGGCUAAUGAGGAAUGCAAUGAAUCAAGGCGUCCCCGAAGUGCCACUACAAUCAGUUCAUUCACAAUCGAAUCCUUCAGCUCCAGUCGCUCUGCCGAACUUUAAUUGUUUGCCAGUUCAAGUGUUUCCAACGUUUAAUUUACCUGCGAAUCCAAAGUCAUUACUUAGAACUAGGAGUCACCCUGACCAAAGAGAGGCUCCAGUACAAAGAGUUGCGCCUCCGUUUGUAAAUAAAGUGGAAAGUAGUGAACCAUUUAAUAACAAUAAUAAAUAUACGCCAACGUACCCGCAGGUAAACAAUAACAGACCCGCGUCUAUGUACGAGUACAGCUCGCCGCCGCCGCCCGUGAGCACUUACACCUCACCGAGAGUGAGUUACGGCAGUGAUGGAUACACAGCACCACUGCUGCCAGAAAUCAGUUAUGAUGCAGAGUACUUACGCGCUCCAUCGAAGAUUUCUAGUGCUACUGAACAGCUACCCGAGCUGAAAAUAAGUGAAGACAAAGACAUACUUCCUAAAACUGAAAGUGUUGACACAAGUUUAGAUUUAACUAUAGAACCGUUAACUGAAGUGACCAUUCCACCUAUAUUGGCAUCACCCGUUACAAAGCCUCUUGAAGACAAUGCGGGAACUGAAAAUGAACAGAGAGAAGUCAAAGUGGUAAAGAAACAAGUUAAGAAAGAAAACAAAGUAGAAGAGCAAAAUGGAAACCAGAACGGAGACGAAGCAAGCGUAGAGGCUGAAAUGACUGUGAAAUUACCGACGAAGAAAUCUGCAGCUAAAACCGAGACCAAAGUAGAAGUAGUUAAGAAAAUUCUGCCUGAUGGCUCAGUUGAAGAAGUCAAAACGACUACAACAAAAACAACAAUCGAUGGAAGGACAGAAAUAAAAACAAAGACAGAAACUACAAUUAUUCCGAAAGAGGCAGAUUCUGAAGAGGAAGUUGUGGAAGAGGAGGAGGAGGAACAAGCUGAGGUAGAAGAGGUUCAGGAAGAGGUGGAGGAACCUGAAACUACGACAGUGACAGCAACAGUUGCUGCACCGAAAGAAAAUGGCCAGGAAAGCAAAGUUGUAAAACGGAAGAGGUCAAAUCAACAACUAAAAAGUUGUUCAAGAUCUCGAAGAACAGUCAUAGAUAGAAGAGAAAUCGAAGAAGAAUCAUCAUCCUCAUCAAUCGAAGAAGAAGAAGAAGAGAAAAGAAGAAGAAAGAAUCAAGAGACUGAAGUUACGGAGACCAAAGAUGAUGAGGAGAAAGAAGUUGCCUCAGAGGAACCUGCUGAAGAGCCAAAGGAACCACCAAAAGAACCCGAAGAGAAGGUUAUUAAGGUAGAAGUUGCCCAACCCGAGGAACCAAAACCGCAGCCGAAAGAAGAAAAACCAGAACCAGCACCUCAAGCAGAAUACAAGAUACCUAUUAGAGAACCCUCCAUCCCUCUAGAAAAAGUUGAAGACGUCGAGAUAAAGCCAAUCGGAAGUUCACCAAUUAUAUCUAAAACACACACAGAGAACACUGAAAUUAUUAGAAGCACAAUAGAUCCUAAGAGUGGUCUGAGUACUCAAACGGAGUACAACAAAAUCGAAAAUAUUGUGACAGUGAACCGUACCACCAAAAUUUUAGAUCAUAAUUACGAGAAUUUGACUCAACAAGGUAUCCCUACUGUCAAGACUUAUUUCCCACCUCCUAGUUUAGAUAGAAUUUCUACUUCGCCUUUACCCUCGAGACCUUACCAACCUUCGUAUCAACCAGAACCUACCACUGAAAGACGUCACAGUCUUCUCUUAGAGAGAUUGAGCAUGGAACGUCAAAUGCCCUCAGAUAUUUACCAAUAUGGUAACCAGCCUCAAGAGCAGCCGCAAUAUCAAGAUGAACCCAGGGCAGAGGUCCUCACUGUUAGUAAUGUGAAACCCAGCUCCAUUGCCAGCGACCAGCAGUGGUACAAACAGACGAACCAGCAGAAUCUCAUUUAUAAUAAUGUGUCGUCUACUCCUACACCCGCUAGUCAGCCUUGGGCUCAACCAAAGUCCCAACCUCAAGUACAGCAGCCAUACCAGCCACAGCCUCAGUACCAGCCUCAACAGCAAUACCAGCCCCCACCACCCCAGCCCCAAUACCAGCCUUCCCCCACUCCCCAGCCUCAGUAUCAAUCGCCCCUCACUCCUCAACCCCAAUACCAACCAUCCCACACGCCUCAGCCUCAGUACCAACACUCUUACUCAGAACCCGCUCCCGAAAGGGCACCAACAAGUUACUCCACAUACACACCUACACCUAAAUGGACAUCUAACACUGAACAAAACACUUCACAAUCCACUCAAUACUCUUACCUAAGCAAAGACACAUCAGACAGCUACAAUAAAACUCCACAGCAAUACUCCUCAGGAUACGUCCCGCCCCCAUGGGAGCAGGACAGCAGUUACACAUCUGUCAGCAACACUUCUACAGUUUACUAUCAACCAGCACCACAACCCCAAACUCAAUCGUACACUCCCGCUCCCACUUCAGGCUGGAAACCUCCGUCUUCCAAAUUCACCAAAAAUCCCCCAAUCGCCUACAUACCGCCGGCUCCCAACCAAUCAUUUGUUAGGUCUGCUUCUGUCUCAGAGCCUCCAAGAACACCAGGACGCAAGACUUACUACAGCGAGUAUGAGAGGCGGUACAUCACUGUACCGGAGUCGACUUACAUCCCGACGGAGACGAAGUAUCAACCACAGCCCGACCCGUCUCCCCAGUACUACUACGAUAACAACGAACCUUCGGAGGAGGUUGAGCCUCAAUGGCGCAGGGAGCUUAGGGAGUUCACUGAGAAGACUUCUCAGACCACUACAACAACUGAACAGACCACCGUUCAGCCCCCAUGGGAAACAGAUGCUAAGUAUGCAAAGAAUCCGUCCGUACAGUAUACUCCGACCCCGACUUGGAGCCAAACACUGCGACCACGUUCUUGGCGCGAAAGGAGUUUCGAAUCAGAGUACGUGUCGCAAGAAUGGCCGAAGACCAACACAUUGGGUAGGGGCAGGCCUUUGAGUACUAUUGGCAAGAGCUUGGACUCGCCGAUUCCUGAAAGGAGCCGAGGUGUGUCGGUGGACCGGUACAACCCCAGCAGCUACCACUCGCCGGCGGAGCACCCGCCCGUGCAGGCGCACACGCUGACCACGCCGGUCGCCGGCUACCACAACCCGAACGUGCCCGCGUAUCAUGCCCGUGCCUCAGCUGAACCAAGAGAGCAACCGACAUCUUACCAGCCGCGCGCGCAUAGGGAAGCCCGAGCCAGCCCCCUCCAGUCCCGAUCCUUCAAGUACCUGCAAUGGAUCACUGGCACAGAAAACUGAAAUAAUUAGGACUAACUUUAAUUUUAAGCCUCCUUAUAAAUAUUAAUUUUAUCAAAAGGUUUAUACAUCGUUUGUAAGAAAUGUUCUAUUUAUGUAAAUUGAGGAAUGUGAUUAUGACAGCUGUAGGUAGGCUAAAGUCCUUCUAGAUAAUCCUAAAAUUCUUUAGACCGAAUUCAUAGCGAUUAUUGAUGAAGUGAAAGGUAUUAAGUGUCGUGUAUAGGUCGAAACGAAUCGAUUGAGAGGUGCUGUAAAUUGUAAGUUAGGAUCUUUAAAAUCUGUCUUCUCUGUAAUUAAUUUUCACUUUCAUAUAAUGUAAAUACUGUUUGCCACGGGCCUUGUUAUACGUACUAAAUGCAUGUUUUCAAGUAUUUAUCUUUGUCGUCUUAUUUGUAUCUCUUGUAUUGAGGGACUGCGCGAUAUUUUUAUGUGAUAGAUCUUUUAUAUUAUUGAUUUUUUCUAACCUAGUCAACGGAGACAUGAAUGUCGCUAGUCUUAGCUCUAUAACUUAAAACAACACCAAUGCAUUUCUGCUUUAUUUCGUACUAAUUAAGUACUUCAAAAUUAAGUAUAAUAUUACAAUUAGCAUUUAUUUAUAUUGUUCGAAAAUUAAAAUUGUUUUGUUAACUAAAAAUUCUAAUUUAUUUGCAAUUCGAAAUUAAGUUUCUAAUUUUAAACUGAGCAGUUAUGUUCGUUGUUUGAAGUUAAAACUUAUUUAGGGUUGAUUGAAAAUUAGAAUUUUAAAUGGAGCGAAAUUAUUUUUUGUUUUCGUUAAACAAUAUUAGUAAGCGAAAUUAAAUUAAUUGUAAUAGUAGUGUGUACACAUGAUACAUUGCGUCUUUUGUUAAAAAAGAACGUUUUAUGUACAUUAGUUGGUGCACGUGUUGCUUUAUUAAUGUACUUAGCCUAAAUAUUACGUUAUCUAUUUAAUUAAAGCUACAAAUAACCGCAUUAUACAAUCAGAAGUGUGUUUAAUAAAGUUUCUUGUCUCUUCCAUAACAAAUAAAAUAGAUGCAUGGUCCUUAAGUUGUAACAAUAAUAAUAUUGUUUCAUUUUAUGUUAUUUGUGAAAUCAUUGUUGAGUUUUAUUUAAUAAAAUAUUCAAGUUUA